AACUCUUACGAUCAAUAAUAUUGCACAAUGAUCUCGAAAAAUGAGAAGAACAGAAACAGGAAAGAGAGAUGAGGAAAGAAAAUAUUUUUCAUUGGAAUCAUAACAAUCUCAAAUACGAUCGUUCGAAGACGAGCUUAUAAAAACGCGAGAAUCAUUCAGCACUGGUACAUAAGUAAGUAAUAUGACGAGGAUUAUUGCCAUCUCUGUUAGAACCAUUUUCUUUUGCGUGUUUGCAGAUGUAGUUCGUGGAUCGCAGAAUUAUUAUUGGAAUAACGCAAGAACGAGAUUUCCAAAACAUGCUUCCUGUACCUCGUGUAAUCGAGACUGGGCAGACACCUUGUCAUCUCCCUGGUAAGAGGCUUAAUGAUAAAAAGACAGGAUAAAAAGAAAAACAAAAACGUUCGCCAAAUUUAGAGAUUAAACAACGAGAGACCCAUUUAGUCUGACAUCUUGUCGUAUCUCCUAUAAGAGGCUUCAUAGUAAAAUAUAAAAAAGGUAUCCAAGACAAAACUACGAGGAAGUAUCAAACAACAGGGAAUAUCUUGAUUUCGCUGAAAAAUCCUACAACGAAUGGGUUCCUUCAAGCCCAAUGUCAACGUCUUAUUCUCUCAACAAAUACGAACACCCAUCGAGAAACGGAGGUGACGAUCCCACAGACGUCGCAAUAUCCGGAACGGGAAAUCCGUACCAACAUGAAGAUUCCUUUGAAGAUCGAGAAUCACAAAGGUUCGAUCCUUAUUUGGCUUCUAAGACUUCCACCGCUUCAUUAAGCCAAGAAGGAACGUUAAACCAACAUCCUUUUAUGUUAAUGACAAACUCUGACAAUAAUAAUAGAUUACUGAGUCGAAACUAUCGGCCUCAAAAGUUUCAUGAAUUUGGUGAUCACUCGAUAAGGAAUGUCGAGAACAAUCAAGAGUACAAGGUCGAUCGAUCGAAUCGAAUGAAUGAAAUUCUUUAUCGAAAGGUUCAAUCAUUACCGCAAGAAAAUACCAAGGAUUAUCAGCCCUCGAAAAAAUUUCUAGUCGUUUAUCGUGCCGAUCAAAAUGAAAAUUCGUUCGAACUCGAGGAUGAUACAUCGAUCUUCGAGAAAUCUGAUUCCGCUGAUGUAUUUAGAGAAUCGAGAAUUCCUCCUGAGAGUUUAGAGGAGAUCGAUGAAUCGGUUUCUUACGUAGAUUCGAAUUCUUUUUUUAGACACAAUCCUUCGGAAGAUAAAAUUAUCGAUUCCAUGCCAUUCGUCGAUAGGUCUAAGCUGUUUCUAAAAGAACAAAACAAACAUAAUAAUUAUUAUGAUUUGUUAAAGAAAUCUAAUAUCCCUAAAACUGUACGAUUUAUCGAUAGAGAUCAGCUGUUUCCCGAUUAUAAAGAAGUUGCCUCGUUUUGGCAGUUUCAUCGGGAUAAAUCAUCAGAGAGUCUAACACCCAAUAAAGAUUAUAAAGCGAAAGAAUCUACGAGAGAUGGCUCUUUUUUCGGCCAACAUGACAUUACUAAUAACGAGAAAGAAAAGUUAUUUCCCAUGGAAGGAUUAAAUAUGUUCAACAUGGAACAUAAUGCUACCAAGGGAACUUUUUUAAAGUUUGACCCCGAUAUUUUAGAUGAUAUUGAAAAUCCUCCUACUGAACCAACAGAACCAAUUACUAUGAGCGAAUCUACAGAGAGUUCGAUGAUGACAGAGAAUUAAUGAUGAUAAUACGAUUCCUUUGUGCUCAACAUUUUCUAUGCUCUCUUAUUUUCUUUUGCUUACUCGAUAGUAAAGAUGUAUGUAUAUAGAAUAUAUAUAAUAGAAAGUAUCGUACUUAUAAAUUCUCCUAUGAAUACGCCGAAAGUUAUGUAUAUUGAAACUUCGA